AUGGUUUUGGGGACGUGCUUGGCCACGCAGUUGUGGCUGACCAGGAAGUACAGAAUCACACCCCCCACCGUGCUCCUCCCUGGGGUCAGAAUCACACCCCCCACCGUGCUCCUCCCUGGGAUCAGAAUCACACCCACCACCGUGCUCCUCCCUGGGGUCAGAAUCACACCCCCCACCGUGCUCCUCCCUGGGGUCAGAAUCACACCCCCCACCGUGCUCCUCCCUGGGGGUCAGAAUCACACCCCCCACCGUGCUCCUCCCUGGGAUCAGAAUCACACCCCCCACCGUGCUCCUCCCUGGGAUCAGAAUCACACCCACCACCGUGCUCCUCCCUGGGGUCAGAAUCACACCCCCCACCGUGCUCCUCCCUGGGGUCAGAAUCACACCCCCACCGUGCUCCUCCCUGGGGUCAGAAUCACACCCCCACCGUGCUCCUCCCUGGGAUCAGAAUCACCCCCCCCCACACCCCCACCGUGCUCCUCCCUGGGAUCAGAAUCACACCCCCCACCGUGCUCCUCCCUGGGGUCAGAAUCACACCCCCACCGUGCUCCUCCCUGGGGUCAGAAUCACACCCCCACCGUGCUCCUCCCUAGGGUCAGAGUCUCAUCCCAGGGCUGUGCUCCUAUCUGGCCUGGGGUCAGAAUCACACCCCCACCGUGCUCCUCCCUAGGGUCAGAGUCUCAUCCCAGGGCUGUGCUCCUCCCUGGCCUGGGGUCAGAAUCACACCCCCCACCGUGCUCCUCCCUAGGAAUCACACCCACCACCGUGCUCCUCCCUGGGGUCAGAAUCACACCCCCCACCGUGCUCCUCCCUGGGAUCAGAAUCACACCCACCACCGUGCUCCUCCCUGGGAUCAGAAUCACACCCACCACCGUGCUCCUCCCUGGGGUCAGAAUCACACCCCCCACCGUGCUCCUCCCUGGGGUCAGAAUCACACCCCCCACCGUGCUCCUCCCUGGGGUCAGAAUCACCCCCCCACCCCCCACCGUGCUCCUCCCUGGGAUCAGAAUCACACCCCCACUGUGCUCCUCCCUGGGAUCAGAAUCACCCCCCCACACCCCCCACCGUGCUCCUCCCUGGGAUCAGAAUCACACCCCCCACCGUGCUCCUCCCUGGGGUCAGAAUCACACCCCCACCAUGCUCCUCCCUGGGGUCAGAAUCACACCCCCCACCGUGCUCCUCCCUGGGGUCAGAAUCACACCCCCCACCGUGCUCCUCCCUGGGGUCAGAAUCACACCCCCCACCGUGCUCCUCCCUGGGGUCAGAAUCACACCCCCCACCGUGCUCCUCCCUAGGGUCAGAGUCUCAUCCCAGGGCUGUGCUCCUAUCUGGCCUGGGGUCAGAAUCACACCCCCCACCGUGCUCCUCCCUAGGGUCAGAGCCUCAUCCCAGGGCUGUGCUCCUCCCUGGCCUGGGGUCAGAAUCACACCCCCACCGUGCUCCUCCCUAGGGUCAGAGUCUCAUCCCAGGGCUGUGCUCCUCCCUGGCCUGGGGUCAGAAUCACACCCCCCACCGUGCUCCUCCCUAGGGUCAGAGUCUCAUCCCAGGGCUGUGCUCCUCCCUGGCCUGGGGUCAGAAUCACACCCCCCACCGUGCUCCUCCCUGGGGUCAGAGUCUCAUCCCAGGGCUGUGCUCCUCCCUGGCCUGGGGUCAGAAUCACACCCCCCACCAUGCUCCUCCCUGGGGUCAGAGUCUCAUCCCAGGGCUGUGCUCCUCCCUGGCCUGGGGUCAGAAUCACACCCCCCACCGUGCUCCUCCCUGGGGUCAGAGUCUCAUCCCAGGGCUGUGCUCCUCCCUGGCCUGGGGUCAGAAUCACACCCCCCACCAUGCUCCUCCCUAGGGUCAGAGUCUCAUCCCAGGGCUGUGCUCCUCCCUGGCCUGGGGUCAGAAUCACACCCCCCACCGUGCUCCUCCCUGGGGUCAGAGUCUCAUCCCAGGGCUGUGCUCCUCCCUGGCCUGGGGUCAGAAUCACACCCCCCACCAUGCUCCUCCCUGGGGUCAGAGUCUCAUCCCAGGGCUGUGCUCCUCCCUGGCCUGGGGUCAGAAUCACACACCCCACCGUGCUCCUCCCUGGGGUCAGAGUCUCAUCCCAGGGCUGUGCUCCUCCCUGGCCUGGGGUCAGGAGAUGUUCCCCAGUAG